CGAAAUGAUGGUAAAUCGUUCACUCUAGAUGCAUACUAUAAAUGAUAAAAAAAUCAUGUCUUCCGAAUGUACUAUUAAGAUUUUAUGGAAAAAAAGCUAAAGGUCUUCCGGCCAGACUGAUCAUCCCUAUAUCAUCUCAAUAAAUUCUGCUAGUGUCAAUUGUAAAGCAUUAGUAGUUUUAUAUCCAAGUCAGAUACAAAACUGACAUGUUAAUUCAUUAUGACAGUUAUUUUCACUCAUUAGGUGAAUAGAAUCUUCUUUUUCUUUUUCUCUCUCUAGUCGUGAAAAAUAAAGUAAAAUUUGAUGCGGAAAUUUGAGAAGAAGAACAAACAUCCGGUAGUAGAAGAGGGUCGAGAUAUGCGAAAUAAUAGAGAAAGGAAGCAGUCCUAAGUUUAAACUCUACUGUGUAGAAAAACUGAAAAGCGCUCGACACCUAUGAUGAAUCACUCUUUUCUUAACACACGUUCUUUUAUUAAACAGCUUUAUAGAAAAACUUUUAACGAUGCCCAACGAUGAGUAUUAUGGAACUGAGAAGAAUUUGUACGAGUAGCCACAUAAGUCAACUUUCACGCUGAAUUCAUGACAUGGUCCCGCUGUCGCAUCCGUGAUCGCUAUGGACUCGUGUUGUUACAUCUCGAUCACGCUAAAAAUUUCAUUUUUUCAAACGAUAUUAGCCAUUACUCACGAUAAAAGGUUUUGGUGCGACACGAUCCUGGAGGAGUCUUGGAACUCCCUAAGUGAGUUGCUACACAUGAUUUUGACGCGAUAAAACUCUUCAUCGUAUAAUUACAACUAUAUUUCCCACCACAGAGUUCACAUCUGAUUCCAUACAUUAUUCUGAAUUUUUGCUUUUUCAUUUCAACGAUCGUCAUUCAGGAAACAACAUUUUUUCAUACUUACUCUUGUGUAAAUUACUCUUCUAUCAGAGUUUUUGUUACUGUUGUCAACUCUUUGCGAUUGCUUGACGAACUCGUAUCUUGAUUAAGUAACAUACGACAUGAAAUGUUUUGUGUUUUUUUGGCUCACAAACUGAAAACAGAUAACAGAAAAUUAAGAAACAGAGCAAGAUGUUUGACCAUGUAUUCCGAUUUCCAGUUCAAAUCAAAAGUGUAAAAACAUACUUCAAUGAAAAUCUGCGUAAAUUCAUGAAACUAAUAGUAAUUAGUACUAAAGUCAUCAAAAAUGUUUUUUUCAACCCUAAGUCAUACUGCUAUGUUCUAUUACAGUCAGAUGAGAGAAAUGUCCAUACAAGAUAUAUUUUGUGCGAAAAGAGAUGUCGCAUUAUUUAUUAGGUUCCUAUUAUAUAAUAAAACUUAAGGCUGUUAUCGCGACACUACUUUACAUGAGUAUCUUUUAUUUCACAGGCUAGACAGUAGCGUCCUCUUUGUGUGUUUUGAUUGAUCAAAAAUUGUGAACUCAUUUUCGCAUAGGGCAGGUAAGUGCGAUUGUAUAUGAUAAAACGAAGCGAACAAAAAUUUAAAGAAAAUUGUAUAAUUUCAAGAAAGUGAAGCAAAAAAUAAAAUGAGCGAAUUUGUCAAAUUUCUUACUGCUCAUGACGUGCAGAUUGGUAAUGAAACAGAGGAUUUAAUAAAUCGACUUUUAGCUAACGAUAAUACUCUUAAAUCAAAUGAUCAACUUAAUUUUAUUUUAUCUUGUGAUAAAUUAUUUUGUACGUGUAUGAAAUGUGGCGUACUAUCCUUGCCAAGAGAUAUUUCGUUGUAUACCAAUCCAUCAUCAACACUAUCUUCAGAUGAAACGUGUCGACGUGAUUUAAUUCUUCUCUAUAAAUGUUAUUUGAAGUAUUUACUCAAAUGUUUACAAGCAACAUCAACAUCUAAAAAAAUUCAACGUCUAAGAGUUCAAUCAUUGGUAUCAUUAUUUAAAUUGUUAAAAUAUGAAUCACGCUGGCCAUUAGCCGUUACAGGAGAUAACAAAAAAUUUCCAGUACAUCUAUUAAAUGAUAUUAUUCAAUCAUGCUUUUUACAGUCUAAUACUACUAAAAGUGUACAUCUCAUGAAAAAAUGUCGUGUCUACUUUAACUUUGUUGAUAUUCGAUAUUUUACACUAAAGCAAUUACUUCAACAACAACAGUUAGAUGCAUCGAAUCUGCUAACUAUGCUUACACUAUUCAAAUUUGAUAAUGAUGAGAGUGAACCAAAAUUAUUUACAUUUGAUAAGUCGUUAAAAAAACACGAUAAUAGUGAACAAAAGAAACUGUAUGAUCAAGUCAUAGUAGAAUUGUUAUCUCAAAAAUUUUCUCCAGAUAGCUAUCAUCGAUUUUUAUUACAAAUACCUGAGAAGAUCAUUACACAAAUGGCAAAUCCAUUGAUAUUAGCCGAUUUUCUUACACAAGCAUAUUCAUCAACGUCAACAUCAUCGUCAAAAAUAUUGGCAUUACAUGGCAUUUAUAUACUGAUGACCGAACAUAAUCUGGAAUAUCCUUACUUUUAUGUCAAAUUGUAUUCCUUAUUGGACGUCAAUUUGUUUCAGAUGAAAUAUAAAGCAAGGUUUUUCUAUUUAUUGAACAUUUUUCUACAAUCUUCUCAUUUACCAUCGUCACUUAUCGGUGGUUUUCUGAAACGUCUUUCUCGUUUAUGUUUAUAUGCACCACAGACAGAUUUAUGUCUACUAAUUACAUUUAUUCAAAACUUACUUAUUCGACAUCCAGUUACUCAAAUCAUGAUUCAUAAACAAACAACAUCAGAAACAACAGAUGGAUAUUUGGUCGAUGAACUCGAUCCAAGUAAAUCAAAUGCUCUAGAAAGUUCUUUAUGGGAAAUAGAAUCUUUAACAACACAUAUUUAUCCAGAUGUUAGUCAAUUAGCUCGUUUUAUAAUUCAACGAUGUAGACCUCAAAAUAAAACAGAGAGAGAUUUGGAUAAAUAUUUAGACGUUGAUUAUGAACAAAUGUUUGAUGAUGAUAUGGAAAUAAGUGAUCGUCGACAAGAUAAUGAUGAAGGAUGUCCAAUUAAUUAUGAAAUGAAUGGUGACUUUAUGUCGUCGACAUUGUUAUUUGGUUACUAG